GCUCACUCUCGUCCGGGCAGCUAGUGGUUGCUUCCCACUAGUUCAGUCCCUAUCCAAUCUGCUCUUCCGGCAGGUCUCCGAAGGAGAGGAGGCGAUGGCGGCGCCCGUGACGGUGUACGGGCCGAUGAUCUCGCCGGCGGUGGCCCGCGUGGCGGCCUGCCUCCUGGAGAAGGACGUUCCCUUCCAGGUCGAGCCGGUGGACAUGUCCAAGGGCGAGCACAAGUCCCCGUCCUUCCUCAAGCUCCAGCCCUUCGGCCAAGUCCCCGCGUUCAAAGACAGCCUCACCACCGUCUUCGAGUCGAGGGCUAUUUGCCGCUACAUCUGUGACCAGUACGCUGACAGCGGUAACAAGACCCUCAUGGGCAGGAGAGAAGACGGGGCGGUUGGCCGUGCUGCCAUUGAGAAAUGGAUAGAAGCUGAGGGCCAGAGCUUCAACCCACCGAGCUUGGCAAUGGCAUUCCAGCUCGCGUUUGCACCAUUGAUGGGUAGGGCCAGCGACAUGGCCGUGGUUGAACAGAAUGAAGCAAAACUUGUGAAGGUGCUCGAUGUGUAUGAGCAGUGGUUGGGGGAGAAUCAGUAUUUUGCAGGGGAUGAGUUCUCGCUGGCGGACCUUGUGCACAUGCCCAACACUGAUCUUCUCAUGCGCAAGACCGACAAGGCAGCGCUGUUCACGGAGAGAAAGAAUUUGGCAAGGUGGUGGGAUGAGGUAUCAGCUCGUCCUUCAUGGAAGAAGGUUGUUGAGUUGCAGAAUGUACCACGACCAUCCUGAGGCUCUGUUGUUUCCCAUCUGAACGUCUUUUGUUGGUUGCAUGUGAAAGACUGAGUCUUGUUCCUAUGUUUGUAUUGUUUUACAAAACGCUCAAGCUCCUCUUUUGGGCCCCUGAUGUUCUGCUAC